AUGGAACUAAGAGUUUCUUGAAAUCGACAGUGAAAGUGGCAGUGAGUUAUUCUUUUUUUAAAUAUGUUGGCAAAAGAAAUUGACGUUAAAGAAGAAAAAUAUGAGGAUAAAGAGAAAGAAGCUGAUUUUGAAACGGCAAUAGCUGCUACUGGUUUUGGAAAAUUUAAUUUCCUCUUAAUCUUACUAGCUUUACCAAGUGGUUGGGCUGCAAUGUUUGAUAGCACAGCAAUGGCUUAUGUUGUACCAUCGGCCCAUUGCGAUUUAAACCUGUCGUUAGAAGGAAGAGGAAUGUUAAACGCAAUCUCUUAUUUAGGAAUGAUUUCAAGUGCUUUUAUUUGGGGAUUUUUAGCAGAUGCUUUUGGAAGGAAAAAAUUAUUGGUUAUCGGUUAUGGUUUGGAUGCGUUCUUUGUGUUUAUAGCUGGAUUGUCGCAAAAUUUUGAAAUGUUGAUGGCUGCUAAAUUUAUGACUGGUUUUGUAAUAAAUGGUCCAUUCGCUGCGUUAACAUCAGCUUUAUCCGAAUUCCACUCAGCCAAAUACCGAGCGAAGCUCUUAAUCAGUUUGGGCGUUAUUUACAACUUUGCGAAUUUAUUUUUGCCACUCUUGGCAUGGGGAAUUCUCCCCCAAAAUUGGGAUGUCUCAAAAGAUAAUUUUAACUUGCAUUCUUGGAAUUUUUUUAUAUUAAUUUGCACUCUGCCCAGUUUAAUAAGCACAAUCGGGCAUUCAUUUUUACCGGAGAGUCCGAAAUUUUUGAUGACCAGUGGGAAAAAUGAAGUUGCUUUGAAAGUUUUUCAACAAAUUUAUUCAAUGAAUACUGGAAAAUCUACUGAAAAGUUUCCAAUUAAAAUUUUAAUCGAUGAAAAUUAUAUCGAGGGAAAUAAUAAUAAUAAUAAUAAUAAAAGAACGACCAAAGAAAAAUUAUGCGAAGGGUUUAGACACAUCAAAACAUUAUUUUUACCACCUCAUCUUAUUAAUAUUGUUUUGGUUUGUUUAAUGUUUAUGGGAGGAAUGUGUGGAGCAAAUACAUUAAGAUUAUGGUUACCACAAAUAUUCACAGCUAUUAAUGAUUAUCAAGCGAAAUAUGCUAAAACUGCGAGUUUAUGUGAAAUGUUAGAAAUUAUUACUCCAAAUCAAAAUGUAUCGUCAAAUGUUGAAUGUAUUGUUAAUAAAUCUGUUGGAGGUGUUUAUACGAACGUUUUAAUUAUUGGUGCUGCUUCAAUUAUAACGACUAUAAUAGCUAGUAUUGUUAUUAAUAAAGUUGGGAAAAAGAGUUUGUUAGUUGUUCUUGGAACUAUCAGUGGAAUUUCAGGAUUUUGCAUAUAUUUCGCCCAAAAUAUUGCAACUACAACUGCACUUUCAGCAAUAUUUAUUUCCUUGCUUGGUGUUUGUAUAAAUGUUCAAUUGUCGGUUGUUGUCGAUUUAUUUCCUACGACUUUGAGAACAUUUGCUAUAUCUCUAGCUUUAAUGAUAGGAAGAAUGGGGGCUAUGGGAGGAAACGUAAUUUUUCCAAUUUUAUUAGAAUUAGGCUGUUUACCACCAUUUAUUCUUAUCGGAUCAUGUAUUUUAAUAGCAGUUCUCAUCACGUUUUUGAUACCAAAUACUGAUAUGAAAGCCCUACAAUAAAAUUGUUGGAAUUUUCAAGAAUUAAGAUUUCAGAUUAGGAUUUUCUUAUUUUAUAUAUCUUGCCAAUAAACGAAUUUUAAAACUUUUAA